CAAUUACAUAAUCAUUGAUUAGAUAAGCUGCUGCUGAAUCAGAUUGAUACAUGCAUGGACGGUGCCUUUUUCUGCCGUAAUUGGAUUUUGAUGCCAGUCUAAAAAUACUUCCUCUGGAAUCGUUGACUGGUCUAACCUGCGAGCUGUGUGUUCAGUUUGAGAACUGAACAUUGUGUUCAGUUUCGUUCUGAUAUUGUGUAAAUUUGUCAACUUCGAUAGUAGAACAUUUGAGAAGAUGUUCACGGACUUGAAGUGGCUGCUAGACAUCAGUGGACGUGACUUGCCCAGAGGAUUUUCUCUUCUCUCUGAUGAUGGAGUGGAUGGACAGUUCCUGAUGUACUUUUACCUGACGCUAUUUCUGGAUGGCCCUGGUCAUGUUUGCCUGGUGGCCACGUCGAGCACGUUUGCACGUCUCUCAGCUGUGGCCCAGAAACUCGGUGUGGAUCUGGCAUCCUGUGUGAGCCAAGGGCGUUUAGUUGUCAUCGAUUGCUAUUCACAUCUUCUGGAUGGCGUAGUUGGGUGCUCCUCGCCUAAAGUCCCCAACGAGCCUCAUGUUCACAAAUCCGUUAUGUUGGAAGAUGUCAUUGGUAGAUCUGCACUUCGACCAGUGUAUGAAAUCAUCGCUGGCGUUCUGCGGACGAAGCCUGCAGAGAAGUGGUGCAUCCUGAUAGAGAACUCCAGCCAGUUGCUGAGUGCGGGAUGUAGCGCCGAUGCUGUUCUCAACCUGUUGCACUAUUGCCGUGCUCUGACCGAGGACAGCGAACAUUUCCUCAGCACAGUUGUACAUGCUGAGUCGGGCAUGACGCAAGAAGUGAGUGCUGAUGAGGGUGACGAUGAAGCCCAUCUCCUGUUCAACAGCCUGCUGCAUUGCUGCAGUGUUCACAUCAAUGUCAGCGCCCUGAAAAGCGGCCUGCACCAACACGUCCAUGGACAUUUGCGCAUAGACUGGCCGACAAGGCAUGUUGGCGAGGCCCGGAAGCCGUCCGUGGAGCGGCAUUUCAAAGUGCUCGAUAGGACGGUGACUGUGUUUGCUAAGGGAACAUCGGCAGCAGUCUUAUGAUCAAUUUGUACUCUCAGUCUGCCAGCCAUAGCUAUAGCAGCUCACACAGUUCCGUGUGCGCCAGAUCCCGGCCACGUGCACUCGCACGCCACCGCCUCGAGUUAAGCCCCGUCGUGAUUGCAAGGCUCUUUGAAGUACGGGCCCUGCACUGCAUGAGGUCUAGUUUCUGUGGUGCACACUCGCACAGAGUAACGCUAGCAAAGGUGUGUCAAUGUAGUACUGGCCAUGUGUGCGUGUGUCCCGAGGCAGGCUCGUCAACACUCUACCGAAGAGCAUGCCAGGUGCCCUGUCUCAAGGCCGCUGUCACCGUACGUGGCACGAGAUGGCGCAGCGCUAUGCUCUUUCCCCGAUAUCUGGUAGUACAUGUAAUGCUACGAGCUAAGGAGGAUGAAGUGAAAGGGCGCAGGCACCCUGCUUUCGUUGCACCAAGGUCCUUUGGUAUUGCCUCGUCUUUCAAGUAUACAGCAACGCGGCGAGUAUUUUAUGAAGGUGCCGAGUAUUUUUUUUCUUACAGUGGUAAAAUGGCAGCUGAUGAGUUUACCUUGUCCAGGGUGACAUCACAUUUAUGUACCAACAACAGUCUUACUUCCUUGGACACCGGUUUCAAAGUGUUUUCCUGAAAGCAAAUGGGAAUUUUCUUGUGAUGUAAAACAAUUGUACCGGAGAUAGGAUGCCGGUAUCUGCUGCUUCUGCUGUAGUAUGCCUGUAGUGUAAGCCAACAGGAGUAUUUUUCUUUUAACACCCCCCCCCCCCCCCCCUGCAUGGCAGGAUGUAGCAUUGUCAAUGUUUUAUGUUGCAUGUAUGGCUAUGAACAAGAAAGUCGGAAUGUUGUAAAGAAAGUGCAGUGCUGUGCCAUGUGUUUUGGGGAGCAACCACCCGGUGUAGGCUGCGUCGGUGCAUAGCAAGCAUCCGAUCAUGACGCAUGGUCUUGAUUCAAGCCGUAUUUUCCGGAGCACACGCCGCACUGGAGUACAAGCCGCACCCAGAUUUUGUUGUCACGAAAUCCAGACAUCUACCUUAUUUCAUCACGACCAUUGCAGUAUAUACAGUGAGUCACGCCGGCUUUUUUUGGUUGAAUUACUGGUGUUAGAAGUGCGAAUUAUACUCCGGAGAAUAUGGUAGUGCUCUACACAAUACAAGAAGUCAUGUACUGUUA